AUGAAGGGGCUGAUUGAAGAAGCCAACAAGAUGCUCAGAUCACUCACAUCUCACUCGACUUCAUCUCCCAAUUCCUCUUCGGCAUCAAACAGAGAUGAAGACAGCCGAAGUGAAAUGCUGUCACGCCUUCAGGCUCAGCUCAAUUCCCUGAAGGUCUUCAAGCUUGGGCGCAUUGGCGCUGGUCUGGGUCGAGGUCUCAUUGACAGUGGGGCCACUCAUGCGUUGCGUCCAUCAAGAGAAGAAGAGGACACCCACAAGUUGAAAGAAGUUUCUGUCACUUUGGCAGAUGGCAAGUCCAUUCAGUUGCACAUGUCCCCAGGUGGCUCCAUGAUCACCUCAGACCAGAACAUUGAGCCGAUUGUGCCUAUGGGUUCUUUGAUCGAUGCCCUAGGCUGUGUGGUGUCGUGGUCGAAGGGAGCUCUUCAAGUCCAACAUCCAAUCCGAGGUCUUUUACCAGUUGAAGACUGUGGAGGUUGUCCACAGAUUCCAAGGAAGUUGGCAUUGGAGCUAAUCUCUGAGAUCGAAGACUGCAACAAAGGCGUCUCAUUGAAUCGCCUAGACAUAGAAGAAGAGCUUGGAUGGAUGAGAAGGCUUCUACAAGCUCACCCAGUUUUGUCUCGUCUUCCUGACUGGCUCCAAAAGAAGCUUGUGGUCCAGCCGGGAGAAUGGGAAUCUUUGCCUUUGAAUCGACGUCAGCGACGAACGUUGAAAACUGAGGGAUUUGCACUGCACUUGUACUCUGGAGAGGACUCAGGUCACACACUUCAGCGAUCUAUGAGGUGUCAAGGCAGUAAGACAAGGAGGCUUUUGGAAGUGGAUGUAAAGAAGGGGCAAGCGUAUGAUAUGCUUGCUGACGAAGGGAUCUAUGCCACUCUCUUGCGAGCUGCGCUUUCAGGAAAGAUUCUGGCUGUCUUGGGUGGCCCGAACUGCAGAAGUCGAAGUGUGCUCCGACAUCGACCAAUUGAAGGCCAACCAUGGGCCCCCCGUCCAGUGCGUUGCUGGGAGGGAGGGGAAUUUGGAGCACACUGGAUCAACAAGAAAGAAGAAAAGAUGAUUCAAGAAGAUGACACUCUUCUUUGGCGAAUGAUUUUCUUGUACAUGAUUUCAGAGUAUGUCCGCAAGGCACAGUUGCGACCAGAUCCUGUUCACUUUGCGUUGGAACAACCUGCAUCUCCAAAGACUUAUCAACCUGCAGCUGUGUCGUUUUGGGACACCACUGAGUGGCAUGAUUUGAGAAAGGAGUUUCAGUUGAAGGAGGUCACUUUCAAUCAGGGAUGUCUUGGAGGUAUGGCAACAAAACCCACCACUUUGGGCACUACGUUUGAUUUGUGCUUGGAGGAUCACAAGAUGGGUCCUCUUCUACCUGCGCAACCUGUGGAAAGCUCAAAACAGUUGGAAAGAUGGGCACCUGGACUGAUGAACGCUGUCAGCGAAGCGGUCAUAACUCAGGUGUUCAAGGGGACACCGCAACUCAGGGCUCUCACCUAUGAAGAGCAUGUUGCUUUCGGUCAUGUUCCAUAUCGCCGUGACUGUCCUGUUUGCCUGCAAUCCUCCCAACAGAUCCUUCCUCAUCGACGAAACAAACAUCCACAAACAGGAGUUCUUGCUCUUGACACAUGUGGGCCUCUUUUACCAUCAAGCGAUGUUGGUGGCUGGAAGUGUCGAUAUUUUUUGGCUGGUGCUUACACAUACAUGGUUCCAAAGGGCACAGAAAAGAUGAUAGGUCAACCCGAAGAAGAAGGUGGUCUUGAAGAGGCACCAGUGCUUGAUCUUUUUGCCGAGGAGCCUGAAGGUGAUGACCAGGAAGCUGAUGAACAGCCUCCUGAUGGCCUCUUGCCAAGAGGUGCAGAACUUCCUGAGGAGUCCCGUCUUGAAGAUUCAGGAGGAGAAGAAGAGAAAGAAAGAGGAGAUAAAGAUCAAGAUGGUCAACAAGAAGCAGAAGAUGGUCCUCAAAGCGAAGAUAAAGACUAUGAAAUCAGAGUCUUCAAGAUGGCGCUCCCUCUGAGGUCAAAGAAGGCGAGGGAAGUCACAAGAGUAGCGAUGGAGAUGGUUCUCAAACUGAAGAUUGAUGGAUAUCAUGUGAAUCGUAUCCACAGCGACAGAGGCCACGAAUUCCUUGGGCUGGAUAAGAAGCCAGAGUUCCCCCGCUUUCUUCAAGAAGUCUUGGUGAGGAGGAGGAGGUGGAAGAAACAGGCGUUUGAGCCUAUGGUGGAAGUUGCAAGAUACCUCGGACCUGCACCCGAGGACAAUGGCCAUUGGAUCAAGGUGAACGAUGAAGCACCGAGAGUCACUCGAUGCUACAUGCAGAAAGCCAUAGAACGACCUGAAGAAGGAGUGUGGCUAGCCAUCGAAAGGGAGGUCUUGGAUGCUCUCACAAAAAGACGAAGGCUUCGAGAAAAGACUACAGUGCGUAGGUUGAAAAUGGAGGAGAAAGAAGAAGGUGAGGAUGAGGCUGUGAGAUUGGCAAAGAUGAGGAACAGGUUUACAAGAAUGGUCGAGGAGGAGACUAAGGCGAUGUUGGAUGAUUCUCCUGAAAUGAUCACAGAAGAGAUUGACAUCUUGGCCAAGCUCAAAAAGAUGCUUGACUCUCAAGAGAAGGGCGAAGAUGAUGAAGUCCUCCAAACGAAAAUCAUCUCCCUUCUUGAGGUCUCAAAGAACUGGAAUGGUUGGCUUCCGGCAGUGGAUGCUGAAGUCACGUCACUGUUAGAAGAGAAGGAAGCCUUCGAGGAGGUAAGUGGAGAAAGGUUGGAGGAGCUCUUGAAGGAUGCAGAAAAAAGGGGCAUACCAGUGGAGUUUCUCCCAUCAAAGUUGGUCUGCACAAAGAAGCCAGGAAAAAGAGGUGGCCGCAACAAGAUUCGAUGGGUCAUCUGUGGAAACUUCGAGCAGGUCAAAGAGGGAGAGAACACGUUUAGCUCUGGUGCAGAUGCCUCUGCACUGCGCCUUCUGAUCGUUGCGGCAUCAAAAUUCCAAUGGGAGGCUGGGACCAUUGACAUCAAAACAGCCUUCCUGAAUGCCACCAUGUGCCCUGAAGACCAGCCAAGCUUGUUGCUGGUCAAACCUCCUAUGCUGCUUUUGGAAAAGAAGUACAUGAAGCCAGGAACAUACUACAUGCCCAAGCGCGCGGUCUAUGGACUUCGCCGAUCACCAAAGCUCUGGGGUGAUUGCAGAGAUGAUGAAUUGGAAGUCAUGAAACUGGAAGUGGAGGAGGAAGAAGGUCAGAUGACAUCACUCCGACUCUGCCCUCUGGCAUCAGAGCCAAACUUGUGGAGGAUUGAAGCUGAGGAGAGUGAAGCUGAGUCUGACACUCAAACUAUCUGGACCACCUCAGAACCAGAUCAAGUAGGAGAAAAGCCUAUACGAUUCCUAGGCGUCGAGAUCUCAAAGACCUUUGAUGUCACCAAGAAUCGCGACGUUUGGUAUGUCAACCAACAGUCCUACAUCAAGGACCUUCUUGCGCAAGAUCAAGAAGCUCCAGACAGAAAGAUCCCAAUCACAAAAGAUCAGAGUCAACUUCCAGAGGAAGAAGGAAGAACACCAGAGCUGAUUCGUUCAGCUCAGAAAGCCACCGGUGAGAUGCUCUGGCUGGUGACACGCACCCGCUUGGACCUCAUGUAUGCCGUUUCAAAGAUGGGCUCUUGCGUCACGAAGGCCCCUCAGAAGGUCCUCCAGAUCUACCAGCAGAUCAAGGGGUAUCUCAAAAGCACUAUGGAUGAAGGCAUCUGCUUUGAUGCUGCUGGAGCAGAGACCUUGAUGAUUGAGGCCAUGUCAGACGCCAGUUUUGCACCCGAAGGAGAUGUCAGCCACGGAGCCUUCAUCAUCAUGGUAGCUUCUUGCCCUGUUUUUUGGCGAAGUGGUCGUCAAAGUUUUGUGACGCUCAGCACAGCAGAAGCGGAGAUGAUGGAGAUUGUGGAGAGCAUGGUGGCUGGAGAAUCAAUUGGUGCCAUAGCUGAUGAGCUGUUUGGCCCUCUGCAGCGAAAAUCUUGGACAGAUUCUCAGUCUGCCCAAUCAAUUUUGACCACUGACGGAGGAUCAUGGCGCACACGUCAUUUGCGACUGAGAGCAUCAGCUGCCAGGAGUUCAAUCUUGCAGGGCACCUGGUUUCUUCAACAUGUCGCGGGAAAUCAAAUGAUCGCUGACAUUGGCACCAAGCCAUUAGCUUCAGAAAGAAUCAGGUACUUGAAGAAGGAGAUGAACCUGGUUCAAGUACCACAACCGAAAGAGCAUGAGAAGAAAGAAGAGAAGGUUUUUGAAGAAAAAGGAGAAGGCGUAGGCAUUCAGAAAGCAGCAGCAGCAUUGAAGCUGCUCACAUUGGCUGCUGCGAUCUCAGCUGCCAAAGGAGAAUAUGAAGAAACAGAAAAAGAAGAUCAGGAAAAUUCAACCCUCGAGCUCAAAGUCAUGAUGGUCGUUUUUGCGUUGAUCAUCGUGCUUCUCACGAUCGUGAGCCAGCAUUUGUGGAAGGUAGGAGUAAGGAGGCUGGAAAUGUCUUGGUCAAACCAAGCUGGAUCGUCUUCCCGAAGUCUCCCUGCAGGUGCUGCUGCUCAAAGAGAAGAAGAAGAAAAGGAAAAUGGUGGUGAAGGGAUGGCCGCUGUGGCAGGACAACUGUCACAGCGACCCACGUACCUCCCACCGGGUGGUGAAGGGAUGGCCGCUGUGGCAGAUCACACGCCGCAGCGACCCACGUACCUCCCACCAGGCGAAGGGUCUUCUUCGCCACUUGAAGAUUCAACCUCUUCAUCAGAGGACACUCCGUAUCGUCCAUUAGAUGAGCGCCACAUCCCUGGGUUCGACUUGGAUCGAGUCAUGCAGGAGAUAGCAGAUGAAGAAACCAACCUCUACGAGGAAGCACAGAGAAAUCCAGAAAGAUUCCAGAACUAUGAGAACAGCGAGGAAAGAGCUAGAGCAGCUUUCCAAGUUUUGACCACUCGGUAUGGCCGAGUUUAUCACUAUCAGAGCCAGUGCAGGUACCUGUCGUCUGUCCAGACAGGAGCCAAUCGAGAAUCUGCCUGGUGUCGCAUUUGCUGGGCCAUUACCGCUCAAACGCGUGGACCCCCACCACCAGGAGUUCCACUUUGGAUUGAUCACUGGGGUGGAGAUUAUCACGUGGAUUCAAGAUGCCCACGCUGCGAUCCAGAAAAGAUGUUUCCAGCAUGCCAAGGAUGUGGUGAGAGCGCAGGCAGGGCUUGGGUAAUCCAGCCAGAGGAGCAUCGAGCCAUCUUCAAUUCGAUUCGAAAUCCGUGGGGGAGCUUAGCAGCUCAGAUCGAAGAAUUGCACCGCUCAGAGGAACCAAAACUCUGUGGUGACUUGGAUUUAUUGGACCAAAACUGGAGGAACGAUCCCUCCCAGACCGUCACACUCAGCGAGCUGCUAUGUGGCUUGGCAGGAGUUGCCCCACCUUUGGUUCUGGAGGAUCUCGCCACAGCCUUGAAACCUCCUGGAAGGCUGGCCGAGUUGAAGGCCCGGCGGCCUGGCAGAAGUGGCCCGAGAGGCACUGGGCGUUUCAAACGAACAGGAAGAAGUGAGUGCCGACAAGUGGCAGAGGAUUUUGAAGAAGAUGUAGGGCACCCUAGCCACAAUGCAGUACAGGAUUGCAAGGUCCGUGGCUUGCUGGAUCCCGAUUACCACAAUUGCAAGGCAUCCAGAGUCAGCUACCGUAGCAUUGAGACCGUAUUGCAUACUAUGGUGGAUGAGGCCGUGUCGUGCGACUCUGUCCAUGGCAUCUCAAUUGGUGGAUUUUUGAAGGACCAAGAGCAGAGCAUCAACGGCUGUGGCCUGCGUCUUUUUGCCCCCUGCUGUGUGCUGGAGGUAGGAGUGGAGCUAUCUACUGAGGACACCUCUGCAAUCUUUGAGUUGCUUGACAUCAGGUGCUCAAGGCCAAAGUGCCGUCAGUGGCGCCCUGAACGAGAGCUUCAGCGGCAAGCUGCUUUUGCAGUGCAGAAGGAUUUCGCACCCAUUCAGAAUGGCCUGAAAGAACUGAAGCACGGGAUCAGAGUUGCCCGCCAAGAGGCAGAUGAGCAAUGUGAGGAUGGAGGCGAUUCGCUGUGCCCAUGCGUGUCAUUUUGCACCUUUAGGAUGUUUCGGUCGACUUACUUGGGAAUGGUGGAUGAGUCUCGGUCUUUUGGUCUUGUUGCCCUUCAUCCUGUUCUCGUCUUUGCUCGUACCAUGGCUGCAAUCAGUAGUUUCACCUUCGAGCUAUUCCCUGGCUUGACAUGGGCUGUGGCCAUGCUGUACUUGGGUGUGUCCCUACUCUUCAUUGUGGUCAGGCAGUCCCGAGAUGGUCCACGAUUCUGGUUCCACGCAGGCAGUCUUUGCUUUGUGGCUACGAUCCUUGCAUGCACUUGCGGUCUUUGGAACAGCAAGAAGAACUGCGCUUUGUAUUGGGCCUACGAGGGCCAGCGCUCCUACGACGGUCUUGCGGCAACAGACCGUGCCACCUCAUUCCUGGACGCUGGGAAACUUACGUUUCGUGAUGAUGUGGUUGUGGACUUUGAUCGUGCAUCUUCGCAUCGCGAAGGCAGCGACCUGCUGUGCGUAGCUCCGCUGGUGAACAAGAAUGCCAAUGAAGGGCUCACCCAGUUCUGGGCCGCUGGCCGAAGCUGCUGCGAGGAGCUGUUUAACUGUGGCGACUCACGGCGAGGUGCCAAAGGUGGCCUCGUGUUUUUGGAGGACGCGCUGUUCUCCGGUGCAUUGGUGGGUCAGCUACGAACAGCAGCAAAGGCUGCUGAGGCUCAACAUGGUCUUCGUGCUUCGCCAGAUGCCCUGUUCGUGUUUCUUUCGGCAUCUCCCGGCCAGGUGCAAAAACAUUACUGGACAAGUGGCGUGAUCUUUGUGGUUUGUGCCUCCAUUGUGUACUUUGUUCUGUGCGUGCUGGUGGGAUUCGCCCUUCACUGUCUUCCUCGUUCGAAGUCCAAGCUGGAAAUGCGCAGGUACUAA